AUGCUGGCGCGGAAGCGCCCUGCGGCGUCCGACUUCGCCGCUCCCCGCCACCCCCAGGGUCAGCCGGGGGACUCCCGUGCGGGCGCGCGCUUGCCCGCGGAGGGGCCGCGUGGCGCGUGUACCCCCAGGGUCAGCCGCGCGGCCCCGGGGCCGUCUGGCGAUUGCACCCCCAGGGUCAGCCGGGCGGCUUCGCCGGGCGCCAUGCUGGCGCGGAAGCGCCCAGCGGCGUCCGACUUCGCCGCUUCCCGCUACGCUGCUGAUUUUUGGGGCCUCGCGGGAGGCAGGGGCAAGCGCGGCCGCAGGAAGAGGACGGCCGCCGCGGACGAAGGGCAGCAGGUGGAAUGUAGAGACUACUCCAACUGCAACCAGCGCAACGAGGACGCGUGUAAGGAUCUGCUGAUUUCUCUGGCCACGGAUGACUUGCGAGGGCGCCUGACGCGCAGCCGCUACGACCUGGAGAGUGCCCGGCGCUCGGAACGGCUGAGACAGAUCGAGGCGGGGAAAGCGCUCGAUGACGACUGGUUGGGGGAGGCGGCGAGUGCCUUCAACGUCCCUACCCGCAAGAGGAAGCAAAUGCAGGUCGUGGAAGACGUCCUGGAGGCCGUGCGACAGACCCGACAGCGGGCCCCGGGCACGGCGACCGCCAUGGACGCCGAUCGCAGGGAGGCGACGCAGAGGGAUAUCCAGAGGCCGCAAGGUGUCGACGCGCUGAGGGAUGAGCUGCUAGUCAGAUCUAGUUCGGAGGAUCUGCGCCUGCGCGUGGUGGGCGAGUGCCUCCAGCGGCGCGGAGGCUGGCCCGCCGAGGCAGCAGACCUCGGCGGCGACGCCCCGGGGCCGUCUGGCGAUUGCACCCCCAGGGUCAGCCGGGCGGCUUCGCCGGGCGCCAUGCUGGCGCGGAAGCGCCCUGCGGCGUCCGACUUCGCCGCUUCCCGCUACGCUGCUGAUUUUUGGGGCCUCGCGGGAGGCAGGGGCAAGCGCGGCCGCAGGAAGAGGACGGCCGCCGCGGACGAAGGGCCGCAGGUGGAAUGUAGAGACUACUUCUACUGCAACCAGCGCAACGAGGACGCGUGUAAGGACCUGCUGAUUUCUCUGGCCACGGAUGACUUGCGAGGGCGCCUGACGCGCAGCCGCUACGACCUGGAGAGCGCCCGGCGCUCGGAACGGCUGAGACAGAUCGAGGCGGGGAUAGCGCUCGAUGACGACUGGUUGGGGGAGGCGGCGAGUGUCUUCAACGUCCCUGCCCGCAAGAGGAAGCAAAUGCAGGUCGUGGAAGACGUCCUGGAGGCCGUGCGACAGACCCGACAGCGGGCCCCGGGCACGGCGACCGCCAUGGACGCCGAUCGCAGGGAGGCGCUUCGCAGGCGCACGUGGAGCUCCAUGGCCGCGUUGCACGAGGCGAAGGUCUGGGGUAUGCGCGCGACGCAGAGGGAUAUCCAGAGGCAGCAAGGUGUCGACGCGCUGCGGGAUGAGCUGCUAGUCAGAUCUUGUCCGGAGGAUCUGCGCCUGCGCGUGGUGGGCGAGUGCCUCCAGCGGCGCGGAGGCUGGCCCGCCGAGGCAGCAGACCUCGGCGGCGACGACCUCUGGGCGCGCCGCUAUUUGCACAGCGCGAUGGCCCGAAGGUACGCCAGCGCCUCCACUGGCGAGCAGCUCUUGCCGGGCGACGUGGCGCGGUGGCAGCAGCUGCUCGACAGGAUCCCGGAGGCGCAGCGGCCCACCUGGCAGGCGGACCCUCUGCGCCAGCAGUUGCAGGCCCACUACGAGGAGCAUGGCCACCUGAACGUGAGGCCCUCGACCAGGAGGGCCGACGAUCCCGAUCGCCUUCUACUCGAAGCUUUGAAGGUCCUGCGCCGCGCACGGCUGGAGGAUGUCAGGGGCGAGCGCGGCCAUCUGCUGCGCCGGCAGCUCUCGCCCGGGGACCUGGCCGCGUGGGAGACGGCGGUCCCGGCCAACGUGUUGUGGGGCACGGUGCGCCAGGCCGAGGCGUAUAUCCCUGGCAGCGCUAUUCUCGGCAGCCGGUGCGAAUGGCCCAGAGAGCCCGUCUGCUGCCAGCCGUGCCCGUGCUAUCUUUGCGGCCAGGACUUCGCCACGAAGCAGUUGUUGCAGGAGCACUGGCGCGAGGAGCACGUGAACCUGCCCGAGGCCGAGCGGGGCUUGCUGGCGCCGCGGCGAGUGGAGGAAGAGGUCCGAAAGAGAAUCCUUGCGGACGAACAGCUGGAGGGCCCCUUCGAGGUCCGGGGCGCCGAGCAGCGCCGCGCGCUCGGACGCUUCGCCGAGAACCAGACGCAGAGCCGACCGGGGGGUGCGUGGGCCGGGCACUUCGAGAGCCAGCAGACCGCCCCGACCACCUGCCGCGCCCUGAGCGGCUGCGUUGUCUGCGCGCGCUCUUUCUGGCUGGAGGACCUCUUCGACGCGGACUUGUUCGUGGAGCCCGUGGACCCCGAGCUGGCAGCGGGCGCCGGCGAUCCCGCGGCGGACGGCGCCCAGGGGCACGGCGCGGAAGGCGUGCCGGCGGACGCGCCUGCGCGUCACCCCCGGGGGCACCCGGAGCCGCCGCCCGCCGAGGACGCGGCCCCGCCGCGCCGGGCUCGCUUCGCGGUGCGGCCCGAGGCCGCCGCGAAAGUCCACGCGCUCCUCUCCGUGGAGCGCUAUGCCGCGAGCAGUCAGAUGUUGGAUUCCAGGGGAAGGCGAUUUCUGCCGUUGCUGGCGCGCGUGGCCCAGGCGGCGCGCCUGGAGACGUCUCGCAAGGUGGAUCUCCUGCGCAGCGCCGAGCUGCCCGCCCCCCCUCCCGAGGCGCAGCGAUUCCUCGCUGAGUCCGUCGUCAUUGCCCUGGCAGGGGCCGACGUGGACGACCUCAGCAAGGCCCGGUGGGCCAACGUGCGCAAGGGCGAAUACAUGGGGGCCGCCAGCUUCCUGACCUCCCAUUCGGUCUCGUACAACGACAUGACCUGCAACCAGGACAGGGCAGACGCCGUCAUGAGCGACGCCGGCGCCGUCCCCGAGGCCGUGCGAAGCAUUGCAAUCCCCAUUGAGGUCUCCGAGCAGCUGAAGCACCGGCUGGAGGGCCCCGCCGACGCCUGCGCCGGGGCCGACGAGCAAGUCGUCAGGGUGGACGGGGAGGAGUGCGCGUCCGAGCACGAGGCAGAGGAAGAGGAGGGGGAGAACGAUCUCAACGCCGCGCUGCCCGACCCGGACUUCCCCGCCGAGGCGCUCCCGGCGAUGUCUUUCUGCGCCGAUGCCGCGACCGGCGGCGACCUCGACGAGCUCCAGGCGAUCCGCAAGGUGCACGGUGAGCUCGAGGCUCUGCAGGAUUCCAUGCGCGAGGAGGCCUCCGGCAUGGGCUACCCGCGCCGGCGCCUCAUCAAGCAGCUUCAGGUCAGCGCCAGAGGCAUGCUGGAUCGCGGCUUGGCGGACAGGAUCCACCACCACCACAAGACGGUGACGGCCCUGGAGGAGACGGGCCAACGGGCGGCGGCUCCCGGAGGCGCGAUGGAAGGGUAUGCCCAGGGCACUGCUGCACAGCCGCUCUCGAUGUACAGCCCCGAGCUCUGGUCCAUGUGCUUCCCCGACAAGUUCCCGUACGGCGACGGCGUGUUCGGCUUGUCCAGGACUGCGCCCAUGUCGUUCCAUCAGUGCACGUCAAUGCACUUGCUCCGCGAGGAGCUGGUGUACCAGGUCACGCCCGAAGAUUUGGCCGCGGCCGCCGCUUGCAAGGCGUGGGUCGAGACCGCCGCGGACGGGCCCGGCGCGACCGGGCAGUCUCGCCCCUCCGGCGGCUCCUGCGUCUGCCAGCAGUGCAGAGAGGCGUGCCGGCGCUACGUCGCGCCCGAGCAGCCGCGCUGGGGGGCCGACCGCGAUCUCAUCUGCUGCUACUACGACGCCGGGCGCCGCAUCGAGCAGAUCCGCAGGGCCAGGGGCCACGUGCACAGAACGGGCUUCCAGGAGCGCCUGGAGAAGAUCUGCGCGGCCUCCACGGAGAAGCUCGAUGCCGCCGUGCAGAGCCUAGGGCCGAAUGCGUCCCUGAAGGACGCGAUGCGGUCCCCCGCCGUGGACCAGGACGUCAAAGACGCGCUCUCCGAGCUCAUGGUGUUCACCUCAGAAGUUCUCGGCUCGGACGGCGCGCGCGCGAAAUUGCGCCACGAGCAGAACGGCUUCGCCCUCAUGUUCGGCGGCGCCGGUGGCUUUCUGACUCCGAACGUCGCGGACGUGCGGAGCCCCAUCUUGCUUGCCCUGCACGCGGCGGGGGGCUGCGAGACCCGCGCCGUGGACCUCCUCGCGGAAGCCCCGGACAUGCCCUCCGCGCGGAAGAUGCUCCAGAUCGUGGCGCAGGACCCGGUGGCCCAGGCCCGCUUCUUCAUCUUUAGCAUGCAGCUUUUCUGCGAGCACGUGCUGGGCACCGGCCCCUGGGACGGCAGUCUGCGCCACAACGGCCGUUGCGAUGGGGCGGCUUUCCCCGAUGGCUUCGCCACUUCGUGCACGGGCGGAGCCUUCCUCAUGUUGGCGGCGCUGCACGGGCCCAUCGAGGAGCAGGCCCGGCUGUCCAUCCACCCGCACAUCCUUUUGUGGUUCGUGCACGCGCAGUCCGAGCAGUGGCUCCGGUGCGUGCUCAACAGGGAGACCGAGGAGAUCCGGCAGCGGCUCCGCGUGUGGCAGGAGAAGACCUUGGCCGCAGUGCAGUCCAUGCAGCUGGACUCAGCGGCCGUGCUCCCGCUGCUCCUCACCGACGACCCCGACCGGGCGCCCGAGCCCAGGAACACGCCCUUCUCCGAGAAGCUGCAGCGGGAUUGCCGCAUGGAUGGGGAGCUGGAGCACGACGUGGACGAGCCGGAGAAACGGCGCGUCUUCUUGGCCACAGAGCCCCCAUUCGAGGACCACCACCUCCGACGGCAUCGGAUGUCCUUGGCGCCCGAGGCGCGACCCAUGAGCGAAUACAUGGUGCCCCAGACGGGCGCCCAGCUCUGUCGCCUCGAGCACUACAGGCUGCUGCGCCCGACCACGGGCGACGACCUGGAGACCGCGGCGGGCCGGAGCGCGGAGGCGGCGGCCUGGGCCGCGCGCUACGCCGAGGAUUACCGCCAGGACAUCGCCGUGGGCCAGAUGCACCAGCACAAGGACACGUGCUUCAAGUACGUUGUCGAGAAGUCCAUGCGCUUCGCGCGGCACUGCCGCUUCAACUUCUGCCACUUCGUCAAGCUCUGGCUCCGCGUCGGCGACGGCGGGGACUCCUCGGCGCAGCAGAAGCGCCCCAAGAAGCUGGUGACCUUGGCGCGGACCGGCAAAGACCUCGUGCUGCCGCGGGGGCCAGGGGAACCGGAGCCCGACAUGUUCCCCCUGGACGAGGACGGCGCGCCCGUGCCCCUGCGCCCCGGGCGCAAACUCGGCCCGGUCGUCAACGUCGAUCCCGACCGUGGGAAGCUGGGUCUGGUCAUGCCCAUUCGCUGGAACCCGAUGGAAGGCAGCUCCAACGGCGUGGCCCAGACGGCGCUGAACUGCAACGUGGACUUCCAGAGUAUGAUGCGCACUUUCGUUGACGGAUUUGAUGUCCAGAUGCGGGACAGGCUGCGCGACCCGCCCCUCUCGGCGGACGACGAGGCCUCGCUCGAGGCGGAGGAGGACGAGAAGUUCGAGGCAAGCUUCGCCGCGAACAUGGAGAAGCUUGCGGCCGCCCGCAAGAGGGCCAACAAACCAGAGCUGGAAUAUGAGGAGGCGGAGAUGAGGCUCCGGCAACAGCGAGCCGCUCGCAGGGCGGCGUAUCUGAGGUUGGGCCCGGCCGAGCGCUUCAGGCGCAGUAUCAAAGCACUGACCGUCAACAUUAUGAGGCAGUCCGUUCAGGCCAUGUUCUACGCUUGCGACUACUCCACGAAGCCGAACAUGACCUGCGCGCCGCUCCUGGUCGCGGUUCGCGACGGCAUUCGGCGCCUGGAGGAGCGGCUCCGCACCGAGGAAGAGGUCCAGGACGAGGCUCGGCGGCGCUUGAUCCGACAGGCCACCGCUGCCAACCAGGCCAUCGUGAAGGGGAACUGCCUCAUGGUCAUGCAGAUGCUCACCCGACGCGAGGUGCUGCGCUCCCACUUCACCUGGCAGUUGAUGAUGAAGAACGCCAUGUGGCUGGCCUUCGAGAGCCGACGAAUUCGGCAGGGGUUCGACGAGCGCGAGCAGCUGCACGAGGCCACGGUGCUCCUCGACGCCGCGGAAGUGGACAGCCAGGCCACUGACCCGGACGAUUGUGAUAGCGAGCUUGAGGAGCGCGACGAGAGCGCCGACGGCGACGCCGCCGACGAGGCUUCAGACAUCCCAGAGGCACCGCGCAAUCAUGCGUCGCCGCUGGGCACACGCGGCGAGAGUCCGGCUGGGCCGCGGAGGCGCCCCGCAGCGAUUGCACCCGCAGGGUCAGCUGCGCGCCCGGCGCCGCCGCCGGCCAGCGUCGCCGCCGAGCUCGGUUCUGCUGCCUCCACGCAGGUCGCGGCCGCGGGCGGCGCGCCCACAGACGAUCUCUUCGCGGCGCGCGGGGAGCGCGGCCCUUCCUUGGCCGAGGAGGCCACGGACGAGCCGCAGCAGAGAAACGCGGGGGUCCGCCUGAAGAGCAACAGCUACUACGACGACUACUUGCACCGCGGCUCCGCCGAGUUCGGCGCGUCGGGUCGAGCGGCGAAGACUCCCCUGGCCUCCAUGUCGUAUUACGACUACGGCAUGUGGGUGCGCGUCGUGCCCGGGGACCCGAACGCCCUGGCGCCAGACGAGUACGCUUUCGCCGGCCACUACGGGAAGCAUGCCGACUACGUCCAGCAGCUGCGGGCCGCGCCGGCCGCGCCGUACAUCUCCGGCUUCACGAUGCCGACCGAAGAGAAGGACCCGGAGACGAACGCCUGUUUCAAGCAGGUGUUGUUGAGGCCGCAUGCGUGCCCGGGGCCGGACAGCUGUCGCCAGGUGCACUUCGCCCAGCACUUCUGCUGCGCGUCCCGCAGCAGGGAGGGGGGGCGGGCCAGGGGUCGCGCCCCUCUCUCCUUCCUGGGACCUUGGCGCGCGUAUCGCGCCGAGCAGCUCGUCCUGGCGAAGCGGGCCGACCAGGCCCUGCAGCGCUCGCGGCAAUGCCCCGUGCUGCACGACACAACCGCCAUCCGUUACUGGCAUCUCCCCGGCACCGUGCGCGGGGGCCCGGUCCACGAGAGUUUCCUGCCGUUGCUCUGCGGCGGCCGCCAUGCGACGGAUCCUGGUUUGGACGGCACGUGGUGCCGCCGCCGCGAGAUCCCGACCCCCGUCGCAGGCGCCGAUCUGCAGCGGCCGUCGCGCGGAGCGGUGUGCUGGCGCAUGGCCCUCCCGGUGGACCUCGCCUGGGCCGUGCUGCGCUUCGCGGGCGACGUCCGCGGCGACGACGGGCGGCGCCUGGGGGUCGCCGGCUCGGAGGAGGAGCGCGCUCGGCUCGACGAGCGGGCGGCCCUCGAGGGCGAGUCGAUCGCCUGCGCCUGUCCUGGAGUUCACGACGACCAGCUGACCCCCGAGAUGUUCUUCGCUGUUCGGCACGUGGAGGUGGCCGCCCGCCUGGAGUACAUGGCCGAGGCCCGCGGGCUGCCGAAGCCGGCAAGGGGGCCCAGCGACGCGGUGGCGGAGGAGGAGCUCGGCGGAGAUCGCUCCGACGAUGACGGGGCCUUCGGCCUGGACGAGGCUCUGCCAGGUGAAGAUUCCUCCGCGGAGGAGCGCCAGGAAGUGGCAGACGCGCGAGAGGACAAGGAGGGCAUGAGACCUCGCUGGAGGCUGGCAGAGGACGAGUUCGACGACGUCGUGCACCGGACGGCGGCGGCCCAGGCGGCUAAGAGCAGUCGCGUGGGAGCGCACAAGAAAGCCUUGAUGGAAACGUUCUUGCAGUUGCAACGCCGCGCUUACGCCUGCGUUCGGCAGCCCUGCGCCGUGCCCGAGCGCGCCCCUCGGCUGGCGGCGAUGACUCCUGCUGACGUGCAGACCGCCAAAAAGAACCAGGACGCGAUCCGCGAACAGAGGGCCGCCCAGGACGACAAUCUGGAGGCCGCGGGCGCCGAUCUGCCCGUCGCCGCGGCGGCCUUCUCCGACGCGCCCGCGCCGUCGAGGCGCCUCGGCCCGGAGGAUGUGCCGAUCUCCCCGCUGCAGGCGGCGCUGACCCUCAUCGCCGAGUCUGGGGUCUGGAAGAGCAAGGAGCAGUACCUGGUGACGCUCUUCCUCCUUCAACCGAUACAACAACUGUGGCAGAAGGCCCUCGAGACGGACGGCUUGGACAGCUUGUCCACGGCCGCGGGCCUCGCAGCGGCCUCGAGAGACGUGCAGGUCCGCCGCGUCUUCCUGCACGGCCCGGGGGGCUCGGGGAAGACGUAUUGCAUGACCGAGGUGGUCAACAAGGUGGUCGUGCGUUUCUUCGGGCACAGGGGGCUGAAGCUCGUGGCCGCGGCCAACAGCGCCGCCCGCAUCCUCGGCGGCAAGACCAUGCACGCGGCGGCGAAGCUGACGCGGAAGCAGUCUCUCGCGGCGAGUAAAUUGAAACCCAACACCAGGGCGAAGAAGAAGUUGGAGGCCGAGUGGGAGUACCUUGUGCUCCUCCUCGCCGACGAGAUCGGCCUGGCGUCCCCCCCGCUCCUUGCGGGCCUGAGUCGCCGCGCGACUUUCGGCCGCAAGGACUUGCUGCGGCUGUGCGUGGCGAGGGCCAUCGAAGAGCCCUUCGGCCAGGUCCCCGUGCAGGCCAUCAUGGGCGACUUCAUGCAGAUCAACCCGGUCUGCAUCCACACGCUGCUGGAAGCCCUGCUGGCCCGCGCGCGCGUCCCCGGCGUGCCGCGGAAGAUCACGGACGAGGACGAAGACGGCUGGAAGGUCUUCAGGAAGAUGGCCUCCGACGUGGUCGUCUUCACUGGCACGCACCGCUUUCUCGACGAGGACCUACCGCUGCUCUUCGAGGUCAUGCGCACUCCGGGCGGGGCGAGAGUGCCUGACGACUUGCGCGCGAAGAUCAGAGAUCGCGUCCAGCGGGGCCCCGACGACCCGAGGAUGUCCAUGGACUACGAACUGGAGGGCGUUCGGGGCUUCUUCGCCCUCGGCGCUCGCGCGGCGAUCCAGUGGGAGCAGGUCGCGCGCCUGCAGCAGCUCCACGUGCUCGCCUCCGCGAGGGUCUGUCCUGGCCCCAGGGCCUUGCUCAACGGGGAGGACGGCCGGCCGGAUCUUCGUCGCCACGGCUUCAGCGCGGCGCAUUCGGGGGCGCGCGGGCAGCUCGUCUAUUAUUUCCAGGCCGUGGACCGCUUCAAGCACCACCAGGACCGAGACAUGUACCUCGAGGCGCUGAAGUUCAUGAACCUCUCCAAGAGCAACGGCCUGCCGGGCAUGUGCGCGGCCUACUUGGGCAUGCGAGGGCGGCUCACGAAGAAGGUCAUGGGGCCGGAGCUGGUGCAGGAGGCCACGGGCGAGGUCGUGGGCAUCCGCUUUCACCCGCGGGAGCGAUUCGGCUUCGGGGAGAAUCUCGAUCUCGACCAGGUGGACUACACUGGCCUGGGCAAGCGGGGCGUGUUCCAUCUGGAGCCUGUGCAGGACGAGUGGGAGUUGCCCGUCGCGCGCGUGCAGACGGUGAAUCACCCGGGCGCGCCUCGGGCCAAGCAGUUCGUCGUCAAGAGCAAGCAGAAGAAGGGGCUGCAGGUCGCGCGCACGCAGCUCAGUUGGGCGCCCGAGGACCAGCUCACUUUCCAGAGCAUCCAGGGCCGCACUAUCCGCGGGCCCGAGGGCCAGCCCCAAGGUUUCGUCGUCGACCUCUUUCGGCCUGGCACGAUGCAGGGCGAGGAUCGCCGGGGGGAGUACUUCCAGCACGUCUGGAUGAUCCUUGGAAGAGCCAGGAAGCUGGAGUGGAUGCUGCUGCAGAACUUCCCGCUCGACGAGAGCACCGGCGAUCUGGACUGGUCGAUCCUCGAGCAAGGGCCGCCGGACUACCUCAUCGAGUUCUUGGGCGCGGCUGCGACGCUCAGCAGGAGGACUUCGCGCAGGAUGCUGCGCGCGCAGAAGGAGCUGGGGGCGCCGGCCUGGGAGGACGUGCCGGAGUGCCCGCUGGACCCCGACCGCCAGGGCAGAUUCUUGUAUAUCGCCGAGGACUGGAUCAGGGCGGGCGCCGCCUGCGCCCGGCCCGUCGCAAGCGCCUCGGCCGAGGCGAGGCCCGACGCGGCCCCGCGGAGGAGACUCUGGGGCAAGAGGCCGCGCGAGGAACUGCGCUCGAAGACGGACCGGCCGACCGCGCCGCCCGACGAGCCCGGGGGCGCUCCGCUGCGGCGGAAGCGGUCGCGCGGCGAGGGCGCCGGGGACGAGGGCGAGCGGGCCUGCGCGCUUCCUGGCGCGGCGCCAGCCUCUUCGACGCAGUCGACCCUGCCGUCGGCGCCCUCGGCCAGCGCCGGCGGCUGGCACUGUUCCUUGCUCGGCCGCGCCAUCGGCCGACGAAGGAGCGCGCCCGCGUGGUUCAACAAUCCUCUCAUGGGCGAGGUCGACCCCGCGUCCGGCACCCAGCUGGGCCUCACGUGCGGUUUCUUCGCGGUGAACCAUUGCCUGGGCCACGCGGGCAUGCCGCAGCUGUCGGCCGAGGAGUUCCGGCAGGGCGCGAGAGACGGACUCUACCCCGAGGGGGAUUUCGACGACGGGGGGGUGCGUCAGAACCUCGCAGAGCGCGGGUGCCAUUUCGAUUUGUUGCAGGGCGCGGACCACCAGGACGCCAUCCUCGCCGUGGGGGACUCCGACAGCUGUCUGGCUGUCUUCAACGGCAACCACGCCUUGGGUGUCAUCCUGCACCAGCCAUGCCCUCGACAUUGGAUCGCGCUCGUUCGACCUCCAGAGGCCGUUCGAGACGGCGACGCCGCCUGGCUUUGCGACUCCUUGCACUCGGCGGUCUUCGCCCUUGAGGCCAGCGAGGUGCAGGACCUCCUCGGCCACGUUGGCUCGGCGCAGAUGGGCGCCGCGGACAGGGCCGGGAGCGAGCUCGACCGGAUGAGGGAGAUCUCCGACUGGUGUGCCUACAGAGUCCACCGCUGA